CGUGUAUAAAUAAAAAUUGACACCAUUGUACAAAUGCAGCGUUUCAAAUAUUUAAUGCAUUCGCAGCACAAGAAAUUUAGCAUUCUUGUGCCGUCAUUCGAGUGGUAAAGUGUAGAGCUUGGGACAAUUUGCUGGAGGAAAUCAAGUCAAUCAUGGUUUGCCAUCAUAACAGGCCACAGGAAAUUUGGCCACAGGAACAACCUCCAGUUCCAAGAAUGAAUUCGCUAAAAAUUGAAAUGCAGAGGACUUACUACAAGGCCAAACUCAAUUUCUUAAUGGCUGAACAGGAUUUAGCUCUUGAGAUGAAUUACUACCAUAACUUCCAAGAUCACGGGAGAAAAGAAGAAAAACAGAUAAAGAUGGAGUGGGAAGUUAUCCGUGCUGUUAGACAAGUUGGGAUCGAUUCCCUCGAAUCUCUCAUGAAGUGCCAUCUGCAAAUUUUAUUAAACGCAUUGGGACAGCGUAUAGUCGAGAGGGUGGACACGAUGGUGGAGAAGGCGUAUAAGGAUUAUUUUAACAUGAAAGGAGUUGCGAUGUAAUGUCCCAAAUUAUUAUUACCCUUUUCACAAUAGGUAAAAUUAUAAUUAUAACCAGCAUGCACCGCACGACCAGAAAUUGUGGUCCAGAAUUACAUAAGGAUAUAUUAUUACACUAGUUAUUAAGUAAGAAUAAGGUAAGGUGAAAAAUUUGGAUGUGAGUUUUAGAAAGUUGAAAAUGAUAGAAAAGAAAGGCAAAUUAAAUAAUUGCUGUUGGUGGUAUCUUAGGUUGUUUAUAAUUGCUUAAAUUAUGACAGAAAUAAAUUAGAAGGAAAAUAAAGAAAAUUAUAUAAGUGAUAAUUAUAUAAUUAUUAUUAUUGAAAUCUUGUAGAAUUGAUUUAAAUAAUUGGUUGAUAAUGUACCCUGUUUUUGUACCUUUGGAAAAGUUGCAGAUUUUUAUAAAUUUAAGAGAAACAAGAUAUAUAUUGGUAGAUAUAUUGGCAAAUUGUUAUAUGUAUAUGUUGGUGUCAAGUAUUAUUAUUACUAUCUGCAUUAGGCCAAAUAAAAAUGAGAUUUGAAAUUGGA